GGGGGGAAGGAAAGGAUGUAUUUCUGCAUCAGCGAGUCAAGCAGCUUUGGUCACACCCUUCCCCCGCCUACAUGUCCCCCCUCCCGGGACGAGAGAGGAGCUUUACCGCCCGCCAUGUUGAUAGAGCAAGAGUCAGAGACGUGUAAAAGCCUGCUUAUAGCGAACUAAACUACACAUUACGGGAAGGGUUUGAAAGAACAUUUAUCCAACAACCACAACAAAUAAGUCAACUUUCCUGGUAUUUUUGUUUUGGAUGGUGACUUCUUUGAUCGUAUGGGUUGUAAAAUUCCAGGAUAUUAAUUUACUCUGUAGAAUAACUCGGGAAAAGGAAAUGGUGAAGGCGUGGCUGUGUGUGUGUCCAGCUCUGUGUGUGUGGAGAUGGUUCUAACAGGCUGUUGUCUGUGAGGACUGUGGAACACACUCCUGGCCCGCGGAGGCACCCUGAACACACACACAUACACACACACACUCGGUGACAACACACACACACACUCAGUGACACGGUGACACACACAACGCUGCCGGUGCAGCGAGAACGGAUUCAGACACACAAACUCUCCCCCCCCCCCCCACACACACACACACACUCUUGACUGUGUGUCCCAGUCGUGGUAGCGCGCGCGCGUGUGUGUGUGACCACCACCACUAUGCCGAGCUCCACGAUCAGACGUUCUGUGAAGAACAUGGUGAACAACUACUCCGACGCGGAGAAGAAGGUCCGAGAGUCCACCUCCAACGACCCCUGGGGCCCCUCGUCCUCUCUGAUGUCAGAGGUGGCCGACCUGACCUACAACGUCGUGGCGUUCAGUGAGAUCAUGAGUAUGAUCUGGAGGCGCCUCAACGACCACGGGAAGAACUGGAGACACGUGUACAAGGCGCUGACGCUGCUCGACUACCUGAUUAAGACGGGGUCAGAGCGCGUGGCUCUACAGUGUAAAGAGAACAUCUUCGCCAUCCAGACUCUGAAGGACUUUCAGUACAUAGACAGAGACGGAAAAGACCAGGGAAUCAACGUCAGAGAGAAGAGCAAACAGCUGGUGGUCCUGCUGAAAGAUGAGGAGAGACUGAAAGGUGAGCGUUCCCAGGCUCUGAAGACGAAGGAGAGGAUGGCUCAGGUCACCACUACAGGGGCGGUGACACCGGGUCAGGGUUUUGGCCGAGGUUCGUCUCAACCCAACCUGUCGACCUCCUACAGCGAGGAGUACGGCAAGUCAGAGGGGUCACCUGCAUCGUACCACGGCUCCACGUCUCCGGUUCCGGGCUCAGAGUUGGAGCAGGCCCGCCCCCAGACCAGCGGAGAGGAGGAGCUACAGCUGCAGCUAGCCCUGGCCAUGAGCAGAGAGGCUGCUGAACAGGAGGACAGGAUGCGUCGGGGAGAUGACCUGAGACUCCAGAUGGCACUCGAGGAGAGUCGUAAAGGAAAAGCCCUCGGUGACACCGGCUCUGGAAAACUAGCCAAGAAGAAGAGAGAGCAGGCCCAGUCCUCUCUGUUGGAUCUGAUGGAUGUUCCAGAAUCGGACUCGGCCGACCCCUGGGGGGCGAGAGGAGGAGGAGGAGGAGGAGGAGCUGCCGCCGCACCAGACCCCUGGCAGGACUACGGUGCAGCCCCAAAGCCAGUGGCUCCAGUAGACCCCUGGGGGCCCCCGUCCUCCUCUGUUUCCCCCAUGAAGAGCAGUGAUCCCUGGGGAACCAACCCUGCUCCCGACCCCUGGGGUUCUGGAGGAACCUCCUACGCAGGUGAUGGUCGGGGUCUCUCCUCCCUGACUAGUGGUACCGGGGACCUGUUUGACUCUCUGCCCAACAGGAAGACCCCAGAGUCCUUCCUGGGUCCUAAUGCAGCAUUGGUCAACCUGGAUUCACUGGUUACCAAGCCUCUUCAGCCUGCUCCUAUUGUCAACCCCUUCCUCGCUGCCGCAGGAGCCGCCCCUGUAUCCGCCGCCCCCCAGGCCAACCCCUUCCAGAUGGGCCAGCCUAACCCCCCUACCCUAAACCAGAUGAGGGUCAGCCCUAUGCCAGGCCUGAGUCUGGGAGGGGGAGCAGGGUUCAGCAGCUUGUCCUCCAUGGUAGACCCUCUGCCACCCCUGACGGGCCACAUGGGGCCCGGGGUUGGAGGGAUGGGGGGUUUCCCGGCCUCUAUGCCUCUGACCCAGCCCCUCUUCGGCUCAGCUCUGCCCCCCACAGCCGGCGCACAGCCCCCCGGGACCACUAACCCCUUCUUGUUGUGAGGAACGCCUCAACUACACCCCCCCAACCACCCCCUUCAAGACAACACCCCUGGACUCCUCUCCUGUCUUUCCACCCCCCCCUCCUCUUCCUCUCUCUCUCGCUCUCCCCUCUGCUCUUCGUCUCUCUCCUCUCUCUCCUCUUCGUCUCUGUCCUCUCUCUCCUCUCUGUCCUCUCUCUCCUCUCCCUCUCUGUCCUCUCUCUCCUCUUCCUCUCUCUCCUCUUCCUCUCUCUCCUCUUCCUCUCUCUCCUCUUCCUCUCUCUCCUCUUCCUCUCUCUCCUCUUCCUCUCUCUUAUAUCAGAUACUGUGUCCUGUAGACAGUAUUCCUGGCUGUUCUGACUGUUUUUAAUGCUAGUCUGAUCAUGGAGUGAAUCUAACUAAACUUGUACAUCCCCAGUGA